AUGGGCGACAUCCUACGUUGGAUUCGCAGAACUGCCAAUCUUUCGGCGACCCGGACAGAGCUUCCAUGGCCGGGCUGGUUGGACGCGGACGCCGCCAGAGCACUAACUGCCUCAUCUACUACCCACCAAUUUACCCUCAGCGCUCCAGAGCGACAGUGGGUACACAUUCAACCAUGGCUCGAUUCUCAGGGCUAUCUUCUUAGGCCUCGUUUUCGCCAAGGGUGGACGCCAUCCUGGCCAAAGUCCGCCAUGACCAACCCACUGCGUCUAGAGUCUCGUCAUGAGGACGCAAUUCAACAUGAUGGAAUGUAUGCCUCUGUUAUAAUGGAUGCCGUGAGGAAGGUCGAUGGACGUAGAGUGCUCCUGAAGCGAUCACCUCAACCUUGCGAUGGCCAUGACAUUGAGAUCCUCACGUAUCUUUCCUCUGAAGAACUCUCUCAAAAUUCACGGAACCAUGCGCUACCACUUCUGGAUACAUUGACGACCUCGGAUUCCGUAUUCACGGUCUUUCCUCUACUCAGAGAUCUCUCAUUAUCCGACUUCGACACGUUGGGGGAGGGGAUAGAUUUCAUGGAUCAAACUUUGGAUGGGCUUGCGUUCUUGCACGAGCAUCGUAUUGCCCACAGAGACUGUAGCAUGUCCAAUUUUGUCAUGGAUCCCGGCAAGAUGUACCCUCGGGGGUUCCACCCCGAUCAUGUGAUGCGCGACGCGAGGGGCCGUUCCUUGGCCAACGUCCGUACUCGUACCCAAGCUGGAGGCGUGAAAUACUUCUUCAUCGAUUUCGGCGAAUCCAUGAGGUUUGGCGAGAACGAAGAACCCCUAGUCUCUGUUAUCAGAAAAGCGAGUAUUUUCGCGCCGGAGAUGGAGGAUGAAUCUGUGCUCUUGUAUGAUGCGUACAAAGCUGACAUCUACGCCCUCGGGAUGACGUUUGAGCUACAAUUUCUCAAGGAAUAUGUCGACGAUUUCAAUGCUUUCAAGCCUCUGUUCGACUCCAUGACGCAGGUCAAUCCCAUCGACCGUCCUACCGCUGCCCAAGGCCUGGAACAGCUGCGCUCUAUCACUGCUACCUUCUCUAGAACGGCGAUGCAUAGAAGACUGCAUCGGAGAUCUACUCACGACCCCGUCAUAUCACCCAUUCAGGACACAUUACAUAUGCUCAAUCAAAGGAUUUGGGUUCUCCGAACUUGGAAGUGGUGAAGGUGGAAUUGUCCCAAGACCAUCCUUCGUGCUGUCAUUACCUGCACCUACCUACAUGUCUUCUACCUAUAAUCACUCGCUCACUUUACCUUUCACCGUUGACUGUUUGCCUCUUGUACCUUCGCUUUUGACAUCUUCGCUAUUCAUCCCACUGCUGUCCAACUACUGUCACUAUACCACC